AUNAACAAUAUGUUAGAUAUAACAGUGACGACCAAGAAAAUGAUGUUUUAGACAUUGUUCGAUAUGCUCCGUUAAAACUAAAGAAUAAUAAUAAUCAACAAAUAAAAUUGUCCGAUAUGUUUCGUUUUAACAAAUUUGACUUUGACUUUCAAAAUAUACAAGUAUUCAAAAAUUUGUUAUACUUAGCAACAGUUCGACCAAUUAUGUUGAUCAUACGUUUUUAUUUUUUUUUAGUUCAAAAUUUUGUUUCAAUUUUUAAAUUUCAAGUUAGCGAAUUAAAAACUGUUAUGAAAGAUAAAAUCAUUGAACUGGGUCAACAAAUUAUUAAAGCUAUGAAAUCAUUUAUGGAUUUAGACUUGUAUGAUAAAAUUUUAAAAAAAAGCUUGAGCUGUAUGUUUAUUAAGACAUAUGAAGUUAUUUCAUCAUUCAAAGAACGUAAUGAUUUGGUUACAAAUAAUGAAACGCAAAAUAUAUCAAAAAUGUAUUGUUCAUAUUUGAAAAGAUUUUUUUCAAAUAAUAACUUUGGUGAAAAUAUAAAUGUCACAGUGUUCAAUAUUAGUAGUAUACAUAAUAUAGCUACUGAGGAAUUAAAUAAAGUUACAUUAUACGUAUCAAAAUUAAAAAAAUAUCGAUAUUGUUUUGAAAUAGCAAAUAAAUUUAUUAUUAAUUCAUUUUUAGAUUGGCGAGAAUUUAAUAAAAUUAUAAAACGAAAUAUUCCUUACAAACUAAUAGGAAAUCAUGAAGACAUAUCUCGUUCACCUUUUUUUCCUGGUAUUAAUACAAGUGAUAUAAAAAAACAUAGUCAUAGUCCAAGUGAUGAAAAUGAUGAGAUGUAUAAAGAUGAUGAUAAGGAUUUUGAUGUGAAAGUUCAGAAAUAUUAUACUCCUAAAUAUCUAGUUGAUUAUUUACUUUAUGAGUAAUUUUUAUAAUUUAUUUUCUUUAAAGGUGAUUUAAGGAUUAAAUCAAUAGUACAUAGUAC